ACAUUCGAAACAGUUAUCUUCAUGAUUUUUAACGCAAUCGAUCAAGAAAAAAUACAAUACACACGUGCAUGUUUAUUUUUUUAAUUAUGUACCACUGUACUUGAAAUAUAAAAUUGGCGAGCUUUUAAGAAAAACAUUUAUAAGAUGGAAAUUUUUUUCUUAAGAAGAACAUUAUUAAAUUUGUAUUUUAGGCGUUCCGCCUUUACCCAAAAUUACACUGGUACUUUGCUAUCCAAUGUUGCUUCAUGCAUGGAACCAGUGACACUAUUGACAGCAUUAACACAAGAUUCACUUCACCCAUGUAAUGAUUCACCUGACUUGAAGUCCGGAUCUGACUUGAAGUCCGGAUCUGACUUGAGAGGUGAGAAUGCAGUAGGUCCUCAUCAUGGAUGACUACGAUGAUAAACUCAUUGAACUGGAUAAAGUCACCGGAGCUGAUGGAUGCACCACUGAUCUCAAACGUUUGGAUGCAAAACAUCUGUAGUGCUCAUGUUUUUGUGAAAGUAUUCCCACUCAUUCCCAAGCUCAAUAACUGACCACCCUGCUAACAUUCUGGCCUCUGCUGUGGAUACUUGACAACAAAUACAUGCUUCAUCUAACUGAGAUUUAACAACUGAGCCUUAACUGAGCUUGAUUCACAUCAUAGUCUGCAAACAUGUUACAAGUGCGGGAGAACUCUGAACCUAAUGUUAAUGCUCACACUUCCUUGUUGGUGACAGGGGGUGCGCCAUCACCCAUGGCUUCCACAUCUCAAGUCGUCGUUGACGCCGAGGGGAACGGAUCCAUCUCCCUAGAGGUGCCUAGCAUUGACCACCACGAGGUCAAGAAGCGGACAAAAGCCACCGUUGAUCCAAACAAAGUGGACAUUGCCAAGCCCUUAAGAAUCUUGAAGAAGCCUCGCGAGAUCAAACUCAAGAUCAGCAUCAUCUUUCUCUUCUGUCUCAUUGUUGCUUCAACCACCUGCAUCCUGGUGCUUUACGUCGAGGAGCCUUUGCAUUACAAGGUCGGCAAUGCCAUGUUCUACGCGGUUUCCAGGGAGUUUGAUGUCCAUCUUAAUGGUGCCAACAUCACGAGGGGACUUAUCGGGAUGAACCUGCCGGACAUGUUGCCAUCAUCGUGUGACCCUUUCGACUCACAGAACCUGUGUUUGGAGUACCCGGACAUUGCAAGAUUGCUGAUUCACGUGGAGCAGCUUUCAGGGAUGGACUGCUACAACUUAACCUGGGAGGCUCUGUCUCACGAUCUUGUUCACCGAGACUGCUACAGCUUUGAAAAUAUCCACUGGUACGGGGGAGGUGUAUCAGCCAAUCAGCAGUGGCCGCUGGAGAAGAUGAACCAAUCACGUGCACCGUUUGUUUCCGGCCAUAAGACAAACAGUUUUGGACCAGUCGUGGAACGCUUCUGGCUUGCCUCACAUGGAGUUGGGAUAAGGGUUAAUGACGAGUCGCCUCUGUUUGUCAGCAUCAAUGAAGACGAUCAAAAACUUUGUUUUGAGGCUACAUACCAUGACUCGCCUUUUCCAAAUCCUAAAGAGGAGUUGCCCAAGCUGCAAUACACUUUGUGUGCUGCUGUCGACAUGCCAUCGGUCCAUCAAAAGAUGAUGGACAAAUUCAGUAAGAAGCUACGAGCUGUGCCCCAGCAAGCUUUAUCAAAGAGCCCCAUGUGGUCUGUGCCUGCAUGUUCAAGAAAAAGCACUUUUAAUGAGACGACCCUUUUGCAGUUCGCAAGUGCUAUUCGCGACAGCAAAUUGGGGGCAAACUCUCUGGAAAUCCAAUGUGAUUAUACCACCAGUGAAGGAGAUGUAGCGUUUGAUGCAGAAAGAUUCUCAAACAUAGCCACAACCAUUUCACGGAUCCGGGACUUUGGAAUGGACGUGGCCGUGGGAAUUACUCUCUUCAUGAACACCGACUCCAAGGCCUUCCAGGAAGGUCUCCGGAAUCAGUACUUGGUAGAAGAUCCUAGAUCACAAGUUCCGGGACUCACCAAAUGGAAGGACGGUGUCGCAGGUCUCCUAGAUGUCACCAGCAGCAAUGCCACGUCUUGGUUCCUUAGUCAACUGAAGACUCUCCAGAAUACCUCUGGGGUCAGCUUCUUUACCUUCGACUAUGGUCAAGUCAGUUACCUCCCAGUCGAGUUCCAAACCAUGGAGGAUCUCAGGAACCCUUGUACAUUCACACAGCGUUAUGUGGAACUUGCUGAUAAGACCAACGGUCCUGUCAUCAUGCGUUCUGCUUUCCAGUCCCAAGACAUUCCAUUUAUUGUGCAAACCAUUCCAAAGACGUCAGUCUGGGGUUAUGAAAACGGGUUGAAAUCUCUCAUUCCUACAGUAUUAACUCUGAGCAUUCUCGGAUAUCCAUUUACCAUGCCGGAUCUAGAGGUCAGAGGGCAACAUUACGACCCCUCGUGUUUCGUGGAUUGUCUUCCGGAUAAAGAGUUCCUCCUUCGAUGGCUUGGGGUCAUCGCGUUCUUUCCCGCCAUGAAAAUCAACGUCCCCAUCUGGGAGUACGAUCAGGAAACAGUCAACAUCGCGGACCAGUUCAUCAAAUUCCACCAGGAAACCAUCGCUCCUUUGGUGGUAAAGGUCGCCACAGAAAGUGGAAACACAACAGCGACUGUCAUCCGGCCUCUGUGGUGGACUGCCUCGUCUGACCCGGUCGCCCAAAGCAUGGACUCCGAGUUCUUGAUUGGUAAUGACAUGCUAGUAGCACCUGUCUUAGACCUUGGACUUGUGAAGCGACAGGUGUAUUUACCUGAAGGGAAGUGGGUGGAUCAGCUUCAUGGGACAACUGUCAACGGCGGUGCAUGGGUUGAAUGUGAAGCCUCGCUUAAUCAGGUGCCCUAUUUUACUAGGGCAUGAGGCAUCGUUUUUGAUUGAUUCAUGCUUGAAUCAAUUCAAAGACUGUUGUUUUUCUCCAGUUCGUCACUUUGUCAAAUCAAGGGUUUCCUUAUUUGCACGUCAAAUCCAUGAGAGGCUCAGCACAAAAAGUUAGCACAUCUUUAUUGGUCAAUAUAAUGGAAAUAAUAAUGGAAACGAGCUUUCAUGCUCGAAAUUUUUUUUUAAUGACUCGUAAAUGAUUGAGUUAUUAUUCCAGUUAAUUGAUUUAAAAAAAUAAUAAUAGUUACUCAAACCUAUGAAUAUUCAAACCCCUCAUGAAUUUGAUUUGUAAAAAGUAACAAACAAGGAUUGUGACUGAUUUUCCUUGGAGAAAUGUAUGGACUUUUGUAAAACUAUUUGGUAAUGUCUCUGGCGAAGGCUAGUGUAAAUUCUUUGGGAAUUUGGGGUAUUAGCAGAGGAAUUUCUUGAUGAGAGUACAUUGUACGUGUAGAGUGAUGUCACAUGUUUUUUUGGUCACAAAAAAAAAACGAUCAGAAUGAUAAAAGAUGCAUACUUUGCAGUAAACAGUAACACUGGACUGGUUUGAAUGAUGUCACCAAGCACCAAAUGUCCAUAUUCUAGACCUGUUUACUUUAAUUACUGGGAAGUAAAUCAUCCAUGUACUUAUUUACAAGAAUGUUAAGAAACAUGUACAUAGUAAUUUGGUCACAUGCGCAACACACCUUAUCUUUUGUAUUGCGAAGGAUAGUCUGUACAUAAUACAUGUAUAUUUAUGUGAUUCAUAGUCAGUUAAAUGUUGGGCAUGUACAUUUACUACCCUCGCAGAGUCGCAGUCUUAACCACAUCCAAAAUCUCUCCAAAUUUGCAUUUGAGAAUCACAACAUCUGUCAAAAACUGAAGGGUUGUAAAGUAUCAAGUACGUUUUCCAAAGUAGGAAGGUUAUCAAAAUCAAGCACUAAAGUAGAGAAACCAGACAGAAGGUUUAAUGUAUGGAGUGCCCUCUGGCCUCGAGUGCUUUCAGUCUAAAGUUGAACCAAUCAGUUUUAUCACCUGUUGAGUAACAAGGCUGGACGAAAAUUACUUAACUGCAAAAGAAUUGUGUUGGGGAGGAUUGUGGGGGUUCUGUAAUGUCUACCAAUUGUGUUUUAUCAAAUGAAUAUGACAAAACUUGACAUGAGAUAUGUCCCCACAAGCACACAAUAAUCAGUGUAUUGAAUAUUUUAUUCUUAUUGGUCACAAUGGUGAAGAAUCCAGGUUUGCUUUGCUUUCCAUCUACAUAUUCGUUUUCCACAUGUGCAUUUGUAGCUGGGACAUCAUGUUUUAUUACUGUACACAUACAUGUACAUGUACGUACAUAUUGUACAAUGUUCAGUUAUGCAUUAAAAAGGCUAUUCAAAUACAUCAAUUUGUACAUGUACAUGUACUCGGCUGUAACUGUUGGCACACCGCAUACUUAAAUACUGUGAAUUUUAUCCGUCUUUUGAAUGUAGUUGUUGACUACAACUGGUAAAUGUUCUGUGUGCAAGUAAGGGGAUUCUGUAUAAACAAAUACAUGUACACAGUUUUAUUUUAGUCAUAAAUGCACAUUCAAUAUUUCAUGAAGUGAAGUAACUAGGCUUACAUGGAUGUAUUUGGCUUAAAUAUUUUGUCUCGAUGGAUUUUGUUUAUGAUGGUCAAAAAUAUUGAUGAGCAUACAUAUGGAAAUAAAUAGCAUGUACAUAGCAAGUUAUAUAUCAUAACUUCCCAUUGACAAAAAAAAAAUUUAAAGAUAUUGGGAUUGUACAUUUGUGUGUUUAACAACUAAUUAACAAUACUUGCUUUGAGGAACCUUUUUGUCCUUCCAGAGAAUAAACACUUUGAAACCAA